CUGGGCAUUUUCAUAGUGACAGCUCUAAGCACUGUGGGUCGUAGUUACCUACAUGUGCCAAUUCUUGGAAAGAAACUCAGGGGUCAGAGAUAAUCAUUCAGGUCAUCAUGAUUUAAGGCCAAAAAAACAAACAAAUAAUAACUUGCUUGGAUUGACUGAAUACAGUUCUUACAAGUAAAUAUGGAAAAUGAACCAGACCAUGAAAAUGUGGAACAGAGCCUCUGUGCCAAGACUACUGAAGAAGAACUGAAUAAAUCUUUCAGUCUAGAAGCUUCACUUUCGAAAUUCUCCUACAUAGAUCUGGACAAGGAACUGGAGUUCAAAAAUGAUCUGAUUGAUGACAAGGAGUUUGAUAUUCCUCAAGUUGAUACUCCUCCAACAUUGGAAAGCAUACUAAAUGAGACUGAUGAUGAAGAUGAGUCCUUUGUUCUUGAGGAUCCUACAUUGUUAAACAUUGAUACUAUUGAUUCUCACUCCUAUGAUACUUCAUCUGUGGCAAGCUCAGAUAGUGGUGACAGGACCAACUUAAAAAGGAAGAAGAGGUUACCUGAUUCUUUUUCACUCCAUGGAUCAGUUAUGCGACACUCACUUUUGAAGGGAAUUUCUGCUCAGAUAGUGUCUGCAGCUGACAAAGUAGAUGCCGGGUUGCCUACAGCAAUUGCAGUGUCCAGUCUGAUAGCAGUGGGUACAGCUCACGGAUUGGCUUUAAUAUUUGAUCAGAAUCAAGCCUUGCGACUCUGUCUGGGUAGCACUAGUGUUGGAGGUCAGUAUGGAGCCAUCUCUGCCCUCAGUAUUAACAACGACUGCUCAAGACUUCUCUGUGGCUUUGCUAAAGGACAGAUUACUAUGUGGGAUUUGGCCAGUGGAAAACUCCUAAGAUCAAUAACAGAUGCUCAUCCUCCAGGAACAGCAAUAUUGCAUAUUAAGUUUACAGAUGAUCCAACUCUUGCAAUUUGCAACGACAGUGGAGGCUCUGUUUUUGAAUUGACAUUUAAGAGAGUGAUGGGAGUGAGAACUUGUGAGUCUAGAUGCCUGUUCAGUGGUUCCAAGGGUGAAGUGUGCUGUAUUGAGCCUCUUCAUUCUAAGCCUGACUUGAAAGAUCAUCCCAUCACACAGUUUUCCUUACUGGCCAUGGCAUCCUUAACCAAGAUACUGGUCAUUGGAUUGAAACCAUCCUUGAAAGUGUGGAUGACUUUUCCCUAUGGACGUAUGGAUCCUUCCAGUGUACCAUUGCUGGCCUGGCACUUUGUGGCAGCGCAUAAUUCUGUGAAUCCCAUGCUUGCUUUCUGCAGAGGAGAUGUUGUGCAUUUCCUUUUGGUUAAGAGAGAUGAAUCUGGAGCAAUCCAUGUUACUAAGCAAAAGCAUCUUCACCUCUACUAUGACCUCAUCAACUUUACUUGGAUGAACUCACGCACAGUUGUACUCUUGGAUAGUGCAGAGAAGUUGCAUGUGAUUGAUCGGCAAACUCAAGAGGAAUUGGAAACAGUGGAAAUCUCAGAAGUUCAGUUGGUCUAUAAUAGCAGCCAUUUCAAAUCACUAGCCACUGGAGGAAAUGUUAGCCAGGCACUGGCUUUGGUUGGAGAGAAGGCUUGUUAUCAAUCCAUCAGUAGCUAUGGUGGUCAGAUCUUUUAUUUGGGGACCAAAUCUGUUUAUGUAAUGAUGCUGAGGAGCUGGAGAGAGAGGGUGGAUCACCUCCUGAAACAAGAUUGUCUUACAGAAGCCUUGGCUCUUGCAUGGUCUUUCCAUGAGGGAAAAGCAAAAGCAGUUGUGGGAUUAUCAGGGGAUGCCAGUAAGCGAAAGGCUGUUGUUGCAGAUCGAAUGGUAGAAAUCCUAUUCCAUUAUACAGAUAGAGCUCUGAAAAAGUGCCCAGACCAGGGAAAAAUCCAAGUGAUGGAACAGCAUUUUCAGGAUAUGGUGCCUGUCAUAGUUGAUUACUGCCUUCUGCUACAGCGAAAAGAUCUUUUAUUUAGCCAGAUGUAUGACAAAUUAAGUGAGAAUUCAGUGGCCAAAGGAGUGUUUUUGGAGUGCCUUGAGCCAUAUAUUUUAAGUGAUAAAUUGGUGGGGAUCACACCCCAGGUAAUGAAAGACUUGCUUGUUCAUUUCCAAGAUAAAAAGUUAAUGGAAAAUGUGGAAGCUCUCAUUGUACAUAUGGAUAUCACCAGCUUAGAUAUUCAGCAGGUAGUUCUCAUGUGUUGGGAAAAUCAUCUAUAUGAUGCCAUGAUCUAUGUUUACAACAGAGGCAUGAAUGAGUUUAUUAGUCCAAUGGAGAAACUUUUCAAAGUCAUUGCUCCUCCUCUGAAUGCAGGAAAGACACUAACAGAUGAACAAGUUGUUAUGGGCAACAAGCUUCUUGUAUAUAUUAGCUGUUGUCUAGCAGGUCGUGCCUAUCCCCUUGGUGACAUCCCUGAAGAUCUUGUUCCUUUGGUUAAAAACCAGGUUUUUGAAUUUCUAAUUCGCCUGCAUUCAGCAGAAGCUUCCCCUGAGGAAGAAAUCUAUCCCUAUGUUCGGACUUUGCUUCAUUUUGACACAAGAGAAUUUCUAAACGUAUUGGCACUGACUUUUGAAGAUUUUAAAAAUGACAAGCAAGCUGUAGAAUAUCAACAGCGUAUUGUGGAUAUAUUGUUGAAAGUUAUGGUGGAGAACUCAGAUUUUACUCCCUCACAAGUCGGGUGUCUCUUUACAUUCCUUGCCCGGCAGCUUGCAAAACCUGACAAUACCUUGUUUGUAAACAGAACCCUCUUUGAUCAGGUCCUUGAAUUCCUCUGUAGUCCUGAUGAUGACUCCCGGCACUCUGAAAGACAGCAGGUCCUUUUAGAAUUGCUGCAGGCUGGAGGCAUAGUUCAAUUUGAAGAGAGUCGGCUCAUCCACAUGGCAGAAAAAGCAGAGUUUUAUCAAAUUUGUGAGUUUAUGUAUGAACGAGAACACCAAUAUGACAAAAUUAUUGAUUGCUACUUACGUGACCCACUAAGAGAGGAAGAAGUCUUUAACUACAUUCACAAUAUUUUAUCCAUUCCUGGCCACAGUGCAGAGGAGAAGCAGUCUGUAUGGCAGAAAGCAAUGGAUCACAUUGAGGGAUAUGCAGACACCCAAAAGCCAUUUUUAGAUCGGGUCUGUGGAUUACGGGAACUUGUGUCCCUGAAGCCUUGUAAAGCUGCAGAGCUAGUUGCUACUCACUUUUCUGAACAGAUUGAAACAGUCAUUAAUAAACUUGAGAACCAGCUUUUGCUUUUCAAAUUUUUGAGGAGUCUUCUUGACCCAAGGGAAGGUAUUCAUGUAAAUCAGGAGUUGCUGCAGAUAUCCCCCUGUAUUACAGAACAGUUCAUUGAGCUGUUGUGUCAGUUCAGCCCAACCCAAGUCAUAGAGACAUUACAAGUCCUUGAGGGCUACCGCCUAGAAGAAACUAUCCAGAUUACCCAGAAGUAUCAACUUCAUGAAGUCACUGCCUAUCUAUUAGAAAAGAAAGGAGAUGUUCAUGGUGCCUUUUCAAUAAUGCUUAAGAGACUACAAAGCAAACUUCAAGAAAUAACACAUCAAGGUGAAACUACCAGAGAGGAUCCCUCAUUGAAGGAUGUGGAAGAGACCACGGUAGAGACAAUUGCCCUUUGCCAGAGAAAUUCACAUAAUUUGAACCAGCAGCAAAGAGAGGCACUCUGGUUUCCCUUAUUGGAGGCAAUGAUGGCCCCUCAGAAGCUGUCCAGUUCAGCCACACCUCAUCUACACUCUGAAGCUCUGAAAUCUUUGACCAUGCAAGUUCUAAACAGCAUGGCAGCAUUUAUUGCACUUCCAUCAAUCUUGCAAAGAAUCUUACAGGAUCCAGUUUAUGGAAAAGGAAAACUUGGAGAAAUCCAGGGACUUAUUCUGGGAAUGUUGGACACCUUUAACUAUGAACAGACCCUGCUGGAAACAACUACCAGCCUUCUAAACCAAGAUCUCCACUGGUCACUGUGUAACCUGAGAGCUUCCAUCACCAAAGGACUGAAUCCCAAACAGGAUUACUGCUCUAUAUGUCUGCAGCAGUAUAAGAGACGCCAAGAAACGGCUGAUGAAAUUAUUGUCUUUAGUUGUGGCCAUUUGUAUCACUCAUUUUGUCUGCAAAACAAAGAGUGCACCAUAGAAAUUGAAGGGCAAACAAGAUGGACAUGCUACAAAUGCAGCUCAAGUUACAAAGCUGGAAAAUUAAGUGAAAAUUCAUCUGAAGUAAAAAAAGGAAGGAUAACUCCAUCACAGAUGGUAUCUAAUAUCGAGCUACUUCUAAUAAUUUCAUCUUCCUUGAAAUUAGUAAAAAUGUCUCCAUCCUGUCAUCCAUCUAAAGGGGAUCCUGCUGUUAAGAAAGCAACCUCAGAACCUGUUCUGGAUCCACAGCAAAUCCAAGCAUUUGAUCGGCUUUGUCGUCUCUACCGAGGAAGCUCCAGGCUGGCGCUCCUUACAGAACUCUCCCAGAGCCGCGGCAGCGAGAGCUACAGGCCAUUCAGUGGUUCCCAGAGUGGCCCUGCUUCCCACAGCAUCUUCCAGAACGAGAACUUCCAGCUGCAGCUCAUUCCCCCGCCUGUGACUGAGGACUGACGCCUCUCUGGGGCCUGGCCCUGAAGAGCAGAGGUGACCCGAGGCAACUGGGGGACCCCCUUGACUGGCUUGACCCCCGCUGCCACCCACACUCCUAAGCAGUGGGUCCAAGGUGGAGGCUUUCUCAUGCCCACCAGGCCAGGGAGACUCCCUCCCGUCUCUUCCAUGAUGCUGCUGCAGCAUCAGACUGGUUGAUUGUGUUUUGCCUGGACUGUCACAUACCUCCAUCCAGCUUUUUGAGAAAAUGUGCUUGGCCUGUUGGGACGUUUUCCUGUCUCCCCAGAAGCCUGGAGAAUAGGUGGAGCUCACGCAGAAGGCACUCAGGAGUCUGUGGUCCUUGGCUCCUCCAGCCAGCGGGGAACCUGGAGGGACUUCGGCUCCUGCUGCUGUUGGGAGGAGGGGACAGUGUGGGCCGGCUGCAGCAUAGCUGAGACCUGCACUGGAGGGAGCCAAGGACCUGCGGGCCGGCAUCUCCCUUUUGAUGUGUUUAUGUUAAAACCCAUUUGAGUGUAAGAUUUUCCCUUUCUAACAAUAAAUGCUCUGUGUUUAAGCUC